GAGAUGCGGGCACUUCUCGGCGGGCGGACGGAACUCGACAGAACACCGGUGAAGUGGAAGCCGCUGGAGUUUCCUGAAGUUGGACCGAGACUUUCAACUUGUCCUCUGGGCUCCGGGUCUCUUCAUGUAGCAUCAAUGCCGACACUCGGGCUCACUCGUCGGGCUUUCUUCGGCCUCUGUGUCCGCCUUCGUUGCUAGGCGAUGGACCGGCAGCAGUUCCAGGUGAGCGACGAAGAGCCUAUAGACGUGCGAGAACACAUCCCGAGGAGGAGGAGGAAGAAGGCCAUCUCGUCAUCCUCCACCGCCUCCAUGGACCAGAUCUCCAUCGAGUUCGUCCUGCCCACGGUGGCGUGGGGCGGAGUCAGCCCUGACGUCCUGCAGCUGGAGGUCGCCGGGAACUGGACAGUGGAACAGGUGAAAGCUCAGGUUUGGCUGAAGGCGGUGACUUCAAACAUCAGUCCCGACUUCUACGAGCGGUUUUCCCCCGACCACUGCAUCCUGCUCUACCAGAAGAAAGGCAACGUGUGCGAGAUCUACGACAAGCACCAGGUCUUCCAGACGCUCGACUGCAUCCGCUACUGGAGAGCCCUGAAGAAAGACGUGGGGCGGAUCCAGUUGGUGCCCCGUCCCCAGCCCUCGGAUGAGGCCAUGCGUUACCAGCGCUACCUCAACUACCUGAUCGCCUACGACGUGACUGAUGUCAGCAACGUGCACGACGACGAGCUGGAGUUCACCCGCAGGAAGCUGCUGACGCCGCGGCGCAUCGAGUUGUCCAACCGCGACCCGCAGCUCUACUCCAUGGACCCCUGGGUGACCCGCAAACCACUGCCCGAGCAUCUGCUCAGCAAACUCAGUAACAGUCAGAUCCUGGUGGUGAUCCACAUCACCCAAGCCAGCCAGACCAUCAAGGUCUCCGUGGACGACACACCGGCACAGGUGUUGUCGAGCUUUUUCGUCAAGUUGGCAAAUAAAAGACCUCUGCUGGGCAUCCCUGAAGACGUGUGUGAGGCAGACUACGUGCUACGUGUGUGUGGCAGGGAGGAGUAUCUGUACGGGGAUAAACCACUGCAGAGCUUCAACUGGAUCCGUCAGUGUCUGAAGAAUGGCGAGGAGAUCCACCUGGUUCUGGAGACGCAGCCUGAACCUGAUCUGGAUCUGGUCCACAAGGAGGACUGGGCCCAGGUGGAUGACUGCACCGGUGUCGCAGGUACCCAUGAGCAGCUGACCAUCGAUGAGAAGGACCAUGAGCGAGUGUUCACCAUCUCCAUGUGGGACUGUAACAGGAAGUUCAGGGUGAAGGUGCUGGGCAUCGAUAUCCCAUCGCUGCCUAAGAUCCCAGAGUUCAUUGUCUUCAUAGAGGCCAGUAUCUUCCACGGCCAGCAGCUUUUAGCUCAGGAGAGGACAUCCUCCAAAACCUUCAAUGAAGAAGUGCUGUGGAACUGCUGGCUGGAGUUCAACAUUAAAAUCAAAGACCUGCCUAAAGGGGCGCGCCUCAACCUCCAGGUGGUUUGUGGGAAACAACCUCAGACACCGAACUCCAAGGGAAGCUCUUACCAGGACAACACAGGAGGAGGAGGCAGCCAUGAUGCAAAGACCAAGAGCCGUCUCCUGUACUAUGUCAACCUGCUCCUCAUCGACCACCGCUCGCUGCUCCGCCAGGGCGAGUUCAUCCUCCACAUGUGGAAAAUGCCCGAGAAGAGCGAGGACAGCAGCAGCAGCAGCAUCAACGCAGACAAGCUCACCUCGGCGACCAACCCGGACAAGGCCUCAUCCAUGGCCGUCGCCAUCCUACUGGACAAGUACUGCUACCCUGUGGUGCUGCCCAAGGGUCGGGACGUGAGCCGGGACGCGGCCGCUGGGGGCGAGGAGGCCGAGGCCGGGGAGCGGGGUCACAGGGAGAUGCCGAACCAUCUGAAGAAGCAGUUUGAGGCUAUCGUGGCGACCGACCCCCUGAAUCCGCUCAGUCCUGAGGAUAAAGAGCUGCUCUGGCACUUCAGACACGAGUGUAUGCGCGACCCAAGGGCGUACCCUAAGCUGCUGAGCUCAGUCCGAUGGGGGAAGCAGGAGGAUGUGUUGGCGACACACCGUCUGUUGGAGCGCAGCAGCGCUUGGGACAGCAGCGGUCUGGAUGUUGGUCUGGCUAUGCAGCUGCUCGACUGUCAUUACUCUGACGCCCAGGUUCGCUCCAUGGCCGUCAGGAAGCUGGAGACGCUGGAGGACGACGAUGUGCUCAGAUAUCUUCUGCAGCUUGUACAGGCGGUGAAGUUUGAGCCCUACCAUGACAGUGCCCUGGUGAGGUUCCUGCUGAAGAGAGCUCUGAGGAGUAAGCGUAUUGGUCAUUUUCUCUUCUGGUUCCUGCGCAGUGAGAUCGCUCAGUCCAUGCACUACCAGCAGAGAUAUGCUGUCCUGCUGGAGGCCUACCUCAGAGGCUGCGGGGAAGCCAUGCUCAGGGACUACAGAGAACAGGUGGAGAUGACCGAGGCGCUGCAGAAAGUCACCCGUGAGAUGAAGGCCAUGUGUGCUGACAAAUAUGACGUCACUGCACAAGUGGUGUUUCAGUUGCGUCAGAAACUGGAGACUCUGCAGUCGUCUGGUCUGCCAGAGAGUUUCAGGGUCCCGUAUGAUCCUGGACUGAGAGCUGGAGCCCUGAUGAUUGAGCAGUGCAAAGUGAUGGCGUCUAAGAAGAAGCCGCUGUGGCUGCAGUUCAAAAGGGCCGACCCCACCACUCUGUCCAAAGACCCCAUCGGCAUCAUCUUCAAAGACGGGGACGACCUCCGACAGGAUAUGCUCAUCCUUCAGAUUCUGCUGAUCAUGGAGUCAAUCUGGGAGACUGAGUCACUGGAUCUCUGCCUGUUACCGUAUGGCUGCAUCUCCACUGGGAACAGAAUAGGUAUGAUUGAGAUUGUAAAGGAUGCCACCACUAUUGCCAACAUCCAACAGAGUGUAGUUGGGAGCACUGGUGCCUUUAAGGAUGAAAUCCUUUAUCAGUGGCUGCGGGACAAGUGUGUCAGUGAGGACAAGUUUCAGGAGGCUGUGGAGAAGUUUCUGUAUUCCUGUGGUGGCUACUGUGUGGCCACAUAUGUUCUGGGCAUUGGGGAUCGCCACAAUGACAACAUCAUGAUCACUGAAUCUGGGAAUCUCUUCCACAUCGACUUCGGUCACAUCCUGGGGAAUUAUAAGAGCUUCAUGGGAAUCAAUAAGGAGUGGGUUCCCUUCGUGCUCACACCAGACUUCCUGUACGUCAUGGGAACGUCGGGAAAGAAAAGUAGCCCCCACUUUCAGAAGUUCCAGGACGUGUGUGUGAAGGCUUAUCUCGCUCUUCGGCAUCACACCGACCUGCUCAUCAUCCUCUUCUCCAUGAUGCUGAUGACUGGCAUGCCCCAGCUGACUAGCAAGGAGGACAUCGAGUACAUCCGAGAGGCAUUGACUGUCGGCCGCAACGAGGACGAAGCUCAACGCCACCUGCUGGACCAGAUAGAGAUUUGCAGGGAGAAGGGCUGGAUGGUUCAGAUCAACUGGUUUGUUCACCUGGUGCUGGGGAUCAAACAGGGUGUGGACAAACGGUCCACUUAGUUCAAGUUGAGAAAGUUUUAAGUAAAAAAAAUGUAAGGAUCGCAUCAGGAGGAUUUGUUAGAUGGCUCCCCCUUGUGGCAAUGAGAUUACACACGUCCUCGCAACACAUCUUUCUGUUUUAUACACGGUAGUCUUUCCUUGAACGCCAAGCAAACUGUUCCUGUGUGCUUCUGACGUUGGGUGUGUGUUGGGUGCUUCCAAGGUUUUUCUCCCAUUGGUUCCUGCCAUGGUUGUGCCCCUCCUCCGCUUUGGGUGACCAAUCAUUGCUUGUUGAUGUACAACGCAUCACUAAUAGAUAUAUUUAUGUAACCGACAUUCACAUGUAUUUAAAAGUCCUUUAAUCCAGUCUUAAAUCUAUUCACUGGUGAAGAUAACCAGAGCAGAACAUAAAAACCAAAGGAGAGAAAGUUUUCAUUGCAUUGCUUAGACCAAGUCCAACAUCCACACCAAGCUCACAAAAUGAAUAUCUUUUAUUUUAUUUUGCUCAAAAUCUUCAACCUCAAACCUGCUGCACAAUUUUCCUUUAGUCCUGUUUCCAAAGUCUUACCAUAUCUAUAAAAUGAGCGUAAAAUGUUUACUGAUGAACCACAACACAACCCCCAAAUGAAACGUGUUAGAUGUUAAUUGAAUUGUCACUGAAGUCGUGCUGCUGUUAUCCCAGGGAGAACUGUCAGGACACUGUCACACAUAUGCAAAUGCGAUGCAGAUGCCCUGUGCAGAUCUUGAAGGUAAUGGAAUAUUAAUGAAGUGUUUUUGGGUGAUAAUGUUUUUUCUUUUAAUUUAUACAUCAUUCAUCUUUUUUAUUUGCACAGACCAUCAACAGGGAUUCUUGUCUGUACUUAAAAACUUGGUGCUCGUGACAUUUUGAUUCCAUAAAACACAUUAACAGUCAAAUCUAAUAAUGUUAAUUUAUAACUAGUGUGGAAGACACUAGAGGCACAGUCAUGUGACCGUGGCCUGUGACAUCGAGCACAUGCUGGUCAGUGCUGAUGUCACUUCCAAUAGGAUUAUGGAAUAUACUGCUUAGGAUAGUUAAACUUAAACCCUUCAAGCUUUCAGAGGUUUUUGUGUUAAAGCACAGCUGGGCAGAGACGGACACAAGUAAAGAGACAAACCUGAUGACCCAUAAUUGAAGUCUGGAAAAGUAUGGAUCAUCAUAGGUUACGGAUGAAUUUUGAGAGAUGUGUCGCAGGGAUCGAACUUUUUUUUAUUGAAGCCAUUUGUUGCUGUAAAUAUUUUUCAAAUGAUUCUGCAAAGUGAAAUAAUUUGAACUUGUUAGCUUCUCGUGUUAUUGGAAAAUUAAAGUCAUGUGCUCUGA